UGCCUCCUUGGGCUGCAAACUGAUUCACCACCUUCCGCCGCUAAGAGCAAUGAGCGCUGACCCUUUGGUGGGGCAGAAGUCCAAGGCAUCGCGACGGGGAUGGGGAGAUGUGCUCCUGGAGCAGAUGCCCAUCCUGUACUGGCUCCCCAGGUACCCUUUGGAGAACUUGAAGCCUGACCUCGCGGGCGCCAUGACGCUGGGGUGCAUCCUUAUAGGCCAGUCCCUGGCCCACGCAAACCUGUGCAUGGUGAACCUGAUCAAUGGGCCCUACAGCUGCAUGCUACCUCCCAUUGUCUAUGCCUUGUUCGGUACCUGCGUCCAUGCCUCCGUGGGCACCGGCGGCCUUGUGAGCCUGCUCACGGGUGAGGUUAUGGCCGACCGGGGCAACCUGGAGCAACGCACCCAUGACGUGGCAAUCCUGACGUGUCUUGUAGGCCUCUUGCUGGCGCUGAUGGGCCUCCUGCAGCUGGCCUUCCUUGUGCGAUUCCUCUCGCGGCCAGCGCUCAGUGGCUUUAUUACAGCCAGCGCCAUUUUGAUCAUGCUUUCGCAGGUGGCGCCGAUGCUGGGGCUACCCAACUGGGCCAGCAAGGGCGGCAUUGUCAACAUCAUCAGGCAAGGGCAAGGCGAUGCGCAGGACGAGGAGUGGGUCAUGGAGCCAGCAGACAGGGCGAGCUGGGCUGGACACCACAUUACUUACCUCGAGUACACGGACAUCGCCACUGCCAUCCUCAGCGCAGUGGCGCUGGUUUUCCUCUUGAAUGCCAAGAAGCUGAAGAAGGUGAAGGCAUUGAAGUUCAUCGGCGACUUCAAGGAGUUGGUCUUGCUGGCACUGUCUACCAUCUUCUGCAACUACUACAAUCCAACGGUUGACGAGGAGCUGCACAUCAAGGUGGUGGGCCACGUACCUGCAGGCCUCCCCGCCUUUGAGUUCCCCGUAAAGAGCGCGGCCGACCUCCAAACGGCGAAGGAGCUGCUGCCUGGAGCCAUCUUGGUGGCCUUCGUGGUCUUCCUCUCCUCCUUCGCCGGGGCCAAGAAGUUCGCCAUGAAGGACGGCUAUCAGAUCCGUGCCUUCAACGAGCUCAUGGCCCUGGGCUUCGCCAACAUGCUGGGGGCGCUCACGGGCUCGGUGCCUACGCAGAUCGGCCUCUCCCGUAUGGGCAUCGCGCACCAGGCUGGGGUCAAGAGCCAGCUCGGGGCGAACAUUGUGGUUGGAGUGGUGGUUUGCUUGGGCGUGCUCCUCUUCAGCAGUUACAUCCAGCACGUGCCCAUGUGCGUGCUGAAUGCGAUCAUUGUGAAUGGCGCCUCGCACCUGACGGAGUUCGAUCAGGCUGUGGAGCUCUGGAAGUUUGCCACCAAUAAGCGAUACAACUGGAAGACACGAGGAGACAUGCUGACCUGGAUCAUCGGCUUCUGCUGCACCCUCUACUUUGGCGCUUUUCAGGGAAUGCUGUCAGCAGUCUUCGCAUCUUUGAUCAUCAUCCUGUAUCAGGUGGUGAACCCGGACAUCGUGCAGCUGGGCUUCCGCGAGGGCGACGUCAUGGACGCCGCAAGGCCCCGCAAGUGGAUGGCGCUGGAUCGCAAAGGUGCUGUGAAGGAGCCUCAGAUCCUGGUCUUUCGCCUGGAGGGUCCCCUCUUUUACGCCAAUGUGGAGCGGCUGCAAGAAUGGGUGGAGGAACAGGAGGUGGAGAUUGGCGAAGAGGAGGGCGAGCUCAUCGGCAUUGUCCUGUCAGCCUCGGCCAUACCCUUUAUGGACACCACAGCAGUGCAGGCCCUCUCAGCGCUCAUUAAGACGUGCAGCGAGCGCGGCACCCUUUUCUGCAUCGCCAAUACCUUCGGUCAGACUGGACGCAUUGCCGCGGAUCAGCUGGAGCCGCUUCUGAAGGAGUCCAUUACAGAUUCCUUCCUCCGGUCACAGCUCCAGAACUGCUCCAGCGUGGACGACUUCGUGCGGCUGAUCCGCGCUUACAAAGAGGCGCACAGCGACGUCACCACUCACUGCCUCAUGCGCGCCUCCAUGCUCCAGACGAAAAG